AUGCCAGCCACGACCGACCCCAACCCCCCGUUCAACCCGGCGCAACUGCAAGCACUACUGGCGCUGUUACAGCAGCACGCGCCUGCUACGGCGGGGAUUUCAAAAAAUAAGGAUGUUACAACCUCUGCAAAAUAUGAUAAGAAGAUCGAAGAAUUUCCCGCCGUCGCACCGCGCCCUCCCAAGACUGCCCGCAUCGAGAAGGACCUGGCUUCUGCUCCUGUCGAAAACGACAACGACGAGUCAGACGACGCUGAUGGGGGAGGUAAUGCUGCAACUCCUCUGCUGCCGAUACCGCCGCCGACUGCGCCGCUGGCUGCAUCGCCUCGAUCUGCACUCCCUACUGCAGCAGGGUCACGUGAAGCUGGUCGAGCACAUACGACAGGAGCGUCAAGCAAGUCCCCGCGUGCAUCACGCGCUGCUCGACGAGAGUUGGAGGCUCACCAGGAACCACGGCAGGAGGAGGAGGCGGGGCGGGAGGUGUUAUCGGCCCCCAUGGGUGCUGCGGACAGAGGGGCAAAGGAAAUUGACGAAGCGGAGAUUGGGCAGGCCGCUGCUGUGCUACCCAGAAUGGCUGCGGCGGGGAAGUCUGUGGCUGUUGAUGCUGUUGUGCCUGCAGCGGAAAGGGCUGCAGUCCAGGUGUCUGCUGGCGUUUCUGCCGCUGUCUUUGACGCCGACUCAGUUUCACCCUCUGCCACCCCACGGGUUGCACAGGUUGAGGCUGAGGGGACGAGGUUGGGCGCGGAUCCGGAACAGACCGCGGAGGUUGCGCUGUCCGCGUCCCCGACACCGGUGACACCGGUGGUGUCUGCUACGACUGGGGAGCAGGGUGACGCCCCGAUGGCAGAAGGCGCGAUGACUGCCGGUGCGUGCGCCGGAAUGCCUGCUGCUGCCGCGGCCGCAAGCAGGCAGGAGCACGGCCAGGCGGUGGGAGAGUUUCCAGGACCCGCGAACGGCGAUUCCUCCGGCGCUGCACGGUCAAAGUUGAAGAAGAAGCUACGGGCCCAGCCAGCGCCGAGACGGCCCGGAGCAGGGCUGGGACCUGGCUCCCCGGGACCCCUCCGAGGCUGGCUUCUGCAAGGGCAACCGCCAUCAGAGUGA